AUGCUACCACCAAGCAUCCUUGCGCUCGUUCGCAAUGCCCCCACCGUCGCACCCAUCCCGCAUCGUGCGGUGCUCUCCGUGACGGGCUCGCAGGCUGGCGAAUUCCUCAACGGUCUCAUCACGUCGCCUAUCCCCACGGACCCGCAGGCCCACUUCUUCACCACCUUUCUGCAUGCACAGGGCCGCGUGCUCUAUGACGCGUUCGUGUACGCGCAGGCCGGCAAGGGAGGUGCCCCCGGCUUCCUCGUCGAGUACGACGCGCGCCCGUCGGAGGCACCGCCGCUUCUAGCGAUGCUCAAGCGGUACGUGUUGCGCUCGAAGGUCAAGCUGCGCGAUGUGUCCGAAGAGUACGACGUCUGGGCGGCGUGGGGCUCGGAGAAGGAGAAGACCUGGGAUGUCAAGCGGAAGUGGGACCUGACUCGGAAUGAUUUCAUGACACCCGAAUGGGAUGAGAACGCCGCCUGGCCGUGGGGAACGACACCGGGGGUGAUACAGGACAGGAGGGCCCCUGGGAUGGGUCACCGGCUGCUCGUGCGGAAAGGCGACCGACCACAGGAGGUAUCGACCCAUGAUGUAGCUUCUGCGGAAGACUAUCAACUACAUCGCACUCUAAGAAGCGUCCCAGAAGGCGUCCUUGAUAUUCGUCCCAUGAAAGCUUUCCCAAUGGAAUCCAAUCUGGACAUUAUGGGCGCAUUGAACUACAGCAAAGGAUGCUUUGUCGGGCAAGAACUAACUGCGCGGACUUAUUUUACUGGCAUACUGCGGAAGCGCAUCCUGCCCGUCGCAGUGCGGCAGUCAGGCAAUAGGUCCCUAGUCGACUCUCCGCUGCCCCUCCUCGACAUUCGCACUGUGCCCAAUCAACGAUGGAAAGACGGUGACGGCGUGCAAAAGACAAUGAGGCGGAGUCAUGGGAAGCUGCUCAGCUCGUAUAAGGGACUCGGCUUCGCCCUCCUUCGGCUAGAGGACCUGGUUCCCAUUCACAUGGAGCUCGCUACGCUUGAGAUAGAGGAUGGCGAGACUAAAUACGAGGUCGAGUACUUGUGGCCGGAUUGGUGGCCGAGGCAGUCGCCACGUUUGGCUUUGUUGGACGCACACGAGCGAUUCGCAGUAGGUAAUCAAAGGCAGGACUAG